AAGAAUAAAGAGAGAAAUGGAAGGGGAAAUUCACAAUUUCAUUGUUGUAUGGACUAUUGUCUUAGCAAGUUUAUGUUAUUCUCACACCAUAGUCAAAUUCAUUCCCCAAGGCAAAUCAAGAUUUGUGGCUAUAUUUCCAAUAGUUUGUCUAUUUUUCAUUCUUCCUCUUUAUCUCACCUCAAUUAAUCUUGGUGCUACUACUUUCUUCUUCAUUACAGGACUAGCCACUUUCAAACUCAUACUUUUUGCUUUUGGUAAAGGCCCUUUGUCAUCAACCCCACCUUUACCACUUUCAACAUUCAUUCCCUUGGCUUGUUUGCCUAUUAAGUUGAAAAAAUCAUCAAAAACUAAAGAUGUUGAAACCAUCAAAAAGGCUACAAAUUCAACUUUCAAUCUUGUUACCAAGGUUACACUUCUAGCCAUUUUAGUAAGGCUGUAUAAUUAUAAAGACAAUUUACAUCCAAAAUUCAUUCUCUUUUGUUAUUGUAUUAACAUUUACAUCAUGUUAGAGAUCAUAUUGAAUAUGGUUAGUGCCGCGGUUCGAGGGGUGAGUCGAGUCGACCUCGACCCACCCUUCAAUGAGCCGUAUCUAACUAGCUCGCUCCAGGAUUUCUGGGGCAGGAGGUGGAACCUAAUGGUAUCUAAUAUUCUCCGUUUGACUGUCUAUGACCCCGUCCAUUUGUUUGUGGUGGACCGGAUCCCGAGGAAGUGGGCCCCAAUUCCAGCUGUGCUCGCCACGUUUAUCGUCUCGGGGCUAGUGCAUGAGCUACUUUUGUACUACAUUAUUGAAAGAUUGAAGCCUAGCGGUGAAGCCAUGAUAUUCUUUUUAAUUCAUGGAGUCGCUUUGAGCGUUGAAAUUAUUAUCAAGAAAAUGUUCAAUGGCAAAAUUUUGGUUCCUAGGAUUAUUUCAGGUCCAUUAGCACUAGCAUUUAUUAUUUUCACAAGUUUUUGGUUCUUUUUACCUCCUUUUUUGAGGAGUAAUACAGAGUUUAAAUUAUGUACUGAAUAUAUUGCUUUCUUUAAAUUUAUUAGGUAUGGUCAAUUAAUUAGUCCUACCAAUAUCACAUGUUCAUUUCUGUAAGACUAUUUUUUU